CUCUCUUCACUCCUCAACUCUCUCCUUCUCCACACACUUUCUCUCACUACUCUCUCUCUAUAUAACACACACUUUCUCUCUCUACAUUACCAUUUUCAUCAAACAAGAUGGAAACUCCUCAAUUCUUCCAUGCUAACACCCAACAAUUCACACCCGAAAAGCGACACUCCGACGUCAAAACCGACCAUUUCAUCAUUGAUGACCUUCUCAAUUUCCCUAACGAUGACACCGAUGAGCCGUAUGAUGUUGUCGCAGACACCAACGACUCCUCCAUCGUCACCACCACCGUCGACAGCUGCAACUCCUCCGGAGAUGUCGCUCGCCGGAGCCUCACCGACACUCAAUUCUCCCAUGACCUUUGUGUCCCGCAUGAUGAUAUGGCUGAGCUAGAAUGGUUAUCAAAUUUUGUGGAAGAAUCAUUUUCAUCUGAAGAUAUGGAGAAGCUAAGGUUGUUGUCGGGAGUCAAAUCGCGACCUGUUGAAGCUUCCGAGACUCAAAAAUUCCAACAUGACGUUGAUAACCAAACCAACAACGCGAUGUUUGACAAGGAUGUGGCGGUUCCAGCCAAGGCUCGCACCAAGCGUUCUCGUGCGGCACCACGCAAUUGGACUUCACGACUCGUUGGUCUCUCUCAACCCUCAAUGGGUCCAACCCCUCUUGUGUCGUCAGAGUCAGAGUCUGACAUUGGCCCGAGUUUAAUUGGCAAGAAAGCAGUGAAAGCUCUCCCAAAGAAGAAAGAGGUUUAUGACAAUGACUCGCACAAUGGAGAAGGGCGGAAGUGUCUCCAUUGUGCCACUGAUAAAACCCCCCAGUGGCGUACUGGACCAUUAGGUCCAAAAACGCUUUGUAAUGCUUGUGGGGUUCGCUACAAGUCUGGUCGAUUGGUUCCUGAGUAUCGACCAGCUUCAAGCCCCACAUUUGUUCUUGCAAAACACUCAAAUUCGCAUCGUAAGGUACUUGAGCUUAGAAGACAAAAGGAGAUGCAAAGUGUACACCAACAACCAUUCUUCCAUCACCAAAAUAUGAUAUUUGAUGUUCCUAAAGGGGAGGAUUACUUGAUCCACCAACAUAUUGGUCCGGAUUACAGGCAACUAAUCUAAUUAAGUUGAUGUAGUCAACAACUUGUUUUAGUUUUUUUUUUUUUUUUUUAAGUAUUUGCAAUUUUUAAACCAAAAUUUCAUAGGGUUAAGUUAAACUUAUGAAGUUUUGAAAAAAAAAGUUAAUUAGUUGAAUUUAGGAGGUUUAAGCUUUAGAUGCUUGUAAUGUCAAUUGAGUUUUCACUUGCCAUAUUUUGGCAAAUUCGAUCUUGAAGUAACAUUUCCAUAUUAUUCUCUUU